AUGGCGGCGGCGGAGCUGCAGGAGCUGCGGGCGCUGGUGGAGCGGGCGGGCGGGCGGCGGGCCGUGCUGCUGGUGGCCGAGGUGGCGGAGGGGGCCCCGGCGGCGGCCACGCUGGCCGCCUUCGCCCGCGACCUCCUGGGCGACGAGGCACCGCCGGGGCCGGGGCCGGUGCCGGGGUGCCGGUCCCGGCGGCGGGCUGGCGGCGGGCGACGGGCGCUGGGCGCGCGGCUGCUGCUGGUGCUGUGCCGCGGCGGAGCGGCGCGGGGCCGCGGGGCCCGGGCCCGCCUGCGGGAGGUGGUGCGGGACGUGCGCGGCCGCCUGCCCCCGGCACCGCCGCCCGCCGUCGUCGGCGUCCUCCUGCCCGGCGGGGACGGGGAGGACGCGGCGGUGCUGGACGCCACGCUGCGGCGGCACUUCCCGGCGUCCGGCACGGUGCAGGCGGCCCGGUACAGCCCCGGCAGCCCCGCCGCCCUGCGCGACUGCCGCGCCGCCGCCUGCCGCGCCCUGCGGGCCGCCCUGCAGCACCCCGCAGAGGACGGGAGAGACAGGGAGAGGUGGAGGCUCCCAUCCUUCCUGCGGUGCAUUUUUCUGAGCCGGAGGAGCCGGAGAAAAGGUCACGAAGCAAAAGCUGCAAACAACGUUCAUGAAGAUGACCUGCAGGACCCCGAGGAAGAAGUGGCUCUGACCAGCCUGUCUCCCAAUGGAAACUAUGAAGAAGCUGCUGGAGGCACGGGCACCUAG